AUGAUUAAUCUUUCAUCAACUUUAGACAUCCUCGAAACUUCCACCAAUUCUGCCUUGAUUUCUGCUCUGAAUACACCAGAGAGACUGACUGAGAAUCUCUGUGACAAAGACGAUGAGUUGGCCAAGAUCUCUUGCUUGAGCGCUAGUGAUAACGAAGAACUUUGGGAUGGCUUUCUCAGAUAUAGGCUAGCCAGUGCGUUUAAUGACGUGUUGUUCACAAAGACGUUAUUUCUGAUUGGGUCGGAGGAGUUACGCAAAACCGUGCCCCAACCAAUUAUAUAUAGCCUGGAUAGCUAUUAUUACUAUGAGCACAAUUUCCUCAAGGCCAUUGCUUCUCUAGACAAACAUGCACCCGUGAUUCGAGCCGUUUUCAGGUGUAAAUUCGAAAUGAUUCGAUCGCUUGAUGAAGAAGGACUGACAGAAAGACAGAGAAUCGAUCGCAUGAUUGCUGAACAGAGCACGAUUGAAGAUAAAUUAAGACCUGCGAUUCGACGAAUGUUUAGUAUCUUUUGCCUUUACAAAAACGAAAGUCAAACCUAA